AUGGUUUCCGUGUCAAAGCUUCUGCAGCUGUUGACACGCCACUUUGAGGCCCCUCAGCCAAAUUUCUUUCAGGUGCAUGCUCGCACCGUCAUCAAGUUUACGCAGAGCGUUCCGUUGGGUCUGCGGAGCCACACGGACAGACUGAACAUGACGCGGAUUGUGUUGCACUGCCCGCACGCCUCCACACUGUUUGCGAACGACGCCCAGUUAAGCACGAAAAUACUUCUGUCCUUUUUCGUUGACCGCGCGAUGGACGAUGCGGAGCUCGACGAGGCGCAGCGGCGGGUUAUUCGCCUCGUUAGCGUCAAUCAGGACCUUCCCACUCCUCUCAUAUUAACAAUGGCGCGAAAACUACUGCGCCAGCGGCGGGACCCCGCACAGGUGGAUUCCGCGGUGGCGUUGGAGCAGGAGGACGCUCUUGUGGAGGAACUUCUGCGGCGCGUCGUUCGCAGGAUGCCAAGGGUCGAGCAGGGCAUACGCGAGGGGGCCGCCAAUGCCGUUUUGUCGCAGAAGGAAAUGCAUAAACGAAGGGGGAAAAACUUUGAGAAACCAGAGCUGCUGUUCCUUAUUUCCACGCUUCGCCACGUCACGGUGUCACGGGCGGCCCGUUGGAAGGAUAAUGGCACGGAGGCAGCCCCCACCUUGACGCCACUCUCUACACACAUCGUGGAGCGUGUGGUGCAAGGCGUACAAUCCCUCCCUGCGUUUCGUCAAGACGAUGCACCACCGCGGGCAGACGACUGGGCCCUCAUGGGAUAUCUUAUUGGCUGCUGUGACACCCGACUGCAUGGCUUCGGGGUGCAGCUGUGGCGGCAAAAGGCAAGCCGCUAUGAGCCAAUGGGUUUGACUUUCCACAAUCAGUUUAGUUUUCCAAUUGCGCUGGCGGGUUUGUUAUGCGCCUUGCAAGCUCCAGCAAAGCGCGAGGCCGUAGAACUCUGGAUUGGCAUGCUGACAACUCCCGAGGCCUUGUCGACAAUGCCGCACAAAAUGCUGCGGCUGCUGCUUGUUGACGUGGCUCUCACGCUUCGUGGUGACUGUGGGGCUCACUUACGUGAGCAGUUGAUUUCGGGAGGAAAUCGAAUUUUGGCCGCGUUGGAUGCGGCGUAUGCUUCCACGGCGGUGGUGGCGGCGUCGCGGAACGGCGCGCGAACACGCAUGUCGUUUACGAGGUUCUUCCCACCCCUAGAAACCCCAAAGGAGCUUGCAGCCACGUUACUGCUGCUUAGGGAGGUCCUGACGGUCGAUGACGCGCUGGAUUCCGAAUUUAUUCGCGAAUCAGCAGAUUUUGUGCGGUUCCUUCAAAGAAACGACUGUGUCGAUCAACACAUGUUGGCCACGGUGUCACAGUUGUUGGCUGAGCGGAUUCUGCGCAUGUUGGACAGGCCCUUGUCGGAUGAGGAGUGCGCGGCGGCGCUCAUCCCCGCCAUCGUUGCCUUCACUGCGCUGUUGCGUGAAAUCCAGGCGAGGGAGUCCAAGAGGGCGGAGGAUGCCGCGCUGAAGAAUUUGUUUCACGCGAUUGCCAUGAAGCUGCUUCACCACGAUUCACUAGCGGCCACGCCUUUUCUCAUCGCCGUGCUGUUACAGAUGCUGGAGCUGUUUGACUUUACCUCCAACCCGCAGUACACCACGAAGGUGCGUGAGCUCAUUCUCACCGCACUCCGAUCGGUGCCGAGCAAGGUGCAGGAAAUCAACUCACACACUGCACAGCAUUGCCUGGACCUGACGCUUCGCGCGGUGCGUUUUCAUGUGGUGGACAGAGAGGUGUUGACGGCGGCGUCCGUGGCACUGCGGCACGCCACCGAUGCCGCCAUUCUGCGGGAGAUGAAUUGGGAGCAACGGAGUCUGACAAUCGAGCGGGGUGCCGUCGUUUACCGCGAGAUGUCCCACUUCUUCGCCACCCUAAAGCAGGCGAGGCGGUUAGGGAAACAAGUAAUAACCGUGACGACGUCGUUUGCCGCUGAAAAGGUUGCCCCACGUGAGCCGCAGAUGCAGUUUAGCGGAACUUGUGGGCAUAACACCUGGAAAUACUUGCGACGCAGCGCGCAGGCAAUGUGGUUGGUUGCGGUGCGGGCAACGCUUUCACCGAUUCCGCGAACUCCCACUGACCGCUACCUGGUGCCGAUGCUGCGGUUUGCGAAGAAAAAUUGGAUUGCCGAAAAGUUGGCUAUGAAUGGGCAAACAGGCAAGGCGGCAAAGGAUGGGGUCGUGCGGGAUGUCGAUGAGAGGUUAAGUCAGGAGUUUUUGGAUGUCCUACUCCCGCUGUUUCAUUCGCUCGUGGUUUCAGCCUUCACAAACAAGAGGGUUUUCUAUGCAAAUUUGCGACGCAACAAACUCCUUAUUUCCACGGCAUGUGGGUUUUUGCAUAGGAAUAGGCAAUUCUUGUCGCCUGGUGUGUGGUUCCACGCACAGCGGACGUUGUCCAAUCUCUCCUCCGCCCUGCCGGGCCAACUCACGUCGCUUGAGCUUGGGACGCUCCAGCUGGCUUUGAAGCACACUCUUCGAAAUGCCCGGGCGUGCGGCAACCGUGGGACGUGGCACCUGACGGAGCGGCAAAAGGCUCUCCAGCAGGACACGGAAGAUGGAGCUAUUUUGACCCCCAAAUGCGUCGGUGACAUCUUCUCCUGCGCCGACCUCAUCGAUGACCCCGACCUGCGGGUCUAUCUGAUCACACUCAUCACAGAGAUUCUAGGCACGGCGGGCGGCGGCGACGCGGCGAAGCCGAAGUCGGACACCGCAGCUUCAGUGGAAGAAACGGCCCGUUCUGUUUGCUUGAAGAAGGUGAUACUGGCGCUUCGGCGCGGUUCUGUAUUGUACGACUGA